AUGGAAAGAACUCCAAAUCAAGAUGCACUAUCCUCAUUUGCAGGAGCCCAAGUAAAUGUACAAUAAACUUAGGAAUGUGAACAAAACAUGAGGAGCAAUCAGCCUACUAAUCCAGUCGAAAGACUAAGAGCUGAGUUGAGGAGCAAAAAUAAAGCAUUAAAGAGAUGGCAUAAAAAAGUGGUGAUAAGCAAAGUCAAACGUCAAAUCAACGAUGAAUUGAAAAGUGGGACUCAGAAUCCAUCAUAUAUUACUCAAGCGUUUUCCGUAAUAUCUUCAGAACAUUCUGAUUUGUCCCAAGAGCUGAAUGAAAAGAUAAAGCGCCUUCAACACUAUUGCUUGCUUGAAGCAAUCUUCUUCGUGGGAACUUGGAGCUCUGACGGGUCACCUAAUGGCAAUAAGCCAAUUCCAAGUUGCUAAAUCCUACAAAAAGGAUGCGCUUUUAACAAUUUGGAGUUAACUUGUCAAGAUUAGGUGGCCCGUCAGAGCUCCAAGUUCUCGCGAAGAGCCUGCAUCAAGGCAAACAAUAGUGGUGAAGGCGCUAUAUUAGAUUUAUACACUGAAUUUAAAAUGGAGGAUAAAUAA